GCAGCAAUGUGCAGUGAAAUAUGAUCGUCGCUCGCUCCGUUACACACAGCAGAGAACGUUUUUUUUUCCGGGCCAGGGAUGCUCCGCGCAGACAAAUGAAGGAGGUUUCCGUGCUGUGGGUGGUCAUUAUCGUGCAGCCUAAAGAAGGGAGAAGUUGCAGCUUCAAACACACACUGCCACAUCACACACCGCCGUCACUGCACUCCAACAUGCAUUCAGGACUUUUGGUGUUGUUUCUUUCCUUGACGAGAAGUUGUUGGUGCGCCCCGCAGCAGACUUGUCAUCCAGGAGACGAGCUUUUAGGAAGAUGCAGCAACAACGUUGGAGACAAACCCACCUGUACAGAGCUGAACCUGGGCUACUGUAAUGAUAUGGAAUACUCCAGAACCAUAUUCCCCAACAUCCUUGGCCACCGGAGUCGCCUGGAGGCCGAGUCAGGGGCAGAGUACCUGCUGCUGAGCGUCAUCCACGGCCUGCUCAACGGGGAGUGCUCCCCUGAGAUCCGUCUCCUGGGCUGCUCGGUGGUCGCUUCCCCCUGCCGGGAUGACAAGAUGAUCAAACCCUGCCGCAGCACAUGCGAUGCACUGAGGAGGGACUGCGCCCAUGCCUUUGAAGCCAUCGAAAUGGCCUGGCCCUACUUCCUAGAUUGCGACCGCUUCUUUGCCAGCGACCGUGAGGGCUGCUUUGACCCGCUGGCGCGGCUGAAAGCCAGACAGGAGCAAGAAAUGUCCAGCCUCUCUCCCGAAGAACCCAGCACCAUCAUCCAGUUCACCUACACCUCCAACGCCCACAUGUACAGCUUACUGAAGAGAACAGCAGGCAAGUGCUCCCACAUCUCUCACGUGUACAGCAUCGGACGCAGCACAGAGGGCAGGGAUCUGCUGGUCAUUGAGUUCAGCAACAACCCAGGACAGCACGAGCUAUUGGAGCCAGAGAUCAAGCUGGUGGCCAACAUGCAUGGCAACGAGGUGCUGGGCCGCCAGCUGCUCAUAUACAUGGCCCAGUACCUGUGUUCAGAGUACAUUCUGGGGAACCAACGAAUUCAGACCCUCAUCAACACCACCCGCAUCCAUAUUCUGGCCUCCAUGAAUCCAGAUGGCUAUGAGCUGGCCGCCUCAGAGGUAGAGGAUAACAAUGACCCGGAGCUCAGCAACCAGGAAGGUCACUUGUUGAAUGGUUGGACCAAUGGACGGACCAACGCCCAGAAUAUUGACCUCAACCGCAAUUUUCCGGACCUCACCUCCAUUUUCUACCGGAACCGCCGCAGCAGGCACUACCGCAUUGACCACAUCGCAAUCCCUGAUGCCUACUGGUUUGGCAAGGUGGCACCAGAGACGUAUGCAGUGAUGAAGUGGAUGAGGUCCCUGCCCUUCGUUCAGUCUGCAAGCCUUCAUGGAGGGGAUCUGGUGAUCUCCUAUCCCUUUGACUUCUCUAGACACCCGCAGGAGGAGAGGAUGUUAUCACCAACUCCAGAUGAACAGAUCUUCAAGCAGCUGGCUCGUACCUACGCAGACGCCCACGCCACCAUGUCAAACAACGACACAGAAAGGUGUGGAGCCUCCUUUUACCGAACUCGGGGCAUCAUCAAUGGGGCAUUGUGGUACAGUUUUGCUGGUGGUAUGUCAGACUUCAACUACUUGCACACCAACUGUCUGGAGAUCACCGUGGAGCUUGGCUGUGACAAAUUCCCCUCAGAGGCCGAGCUUUACCCAGAGUGGAAGAGGAAUAAGGAAGCUCUGCUCAGUUUUAUGGAGUCUGUCCAUCGAGGGAUAAAGGGAGUAGUUACGGAUGGUGAUGGAAAUGGGAUAAAAGGUGCAACUAUCUCUGUCAGGGGGAUUAGAAAAGAUGUCACCACAGCUGAAGAUGGAGACUACUGGCGGCUGCUGAACCCCGGUACACACAUCCUGACGGCCACAGCCAAGGGUUACUCCAGGGUCACUAAGAGGGUUUAUCUGCCUCACAGCAUGAACAAGGCUGGACGUGUCGACUUUGCCUUGAAGAAGGUUCCCAUAGAGCCCGAUAUCGACGACCACCUCUUCCCUACAGUAGACACAUGGGAUCGAUUCGACCCAUACAACCAGUUUGAGCGCUACGGUGAGCCAGACGUAAGUCAGGGAGGGAUAGAGCGGGAGGAAAAACCAUGGUGGUGGAACUACUUCUCCCAGUCUGGCAUCUCACCUCCAAACUGGCUGCUGCGAAGUGUCUAGACGCACUACAGGACAAUAAGGAUCCCAACAUACCACUGUGAGACUGGUGAUGGACGGUCCCACUGGUGCUCACACAGCAGGACUGAGCUGUGACACUAACAUAGCAGUACCUAAAUAGGCUUCAGUGCUUCCUGGAAGGAUGCAAACAGGCUAUUUUCCGCCAGGCACCACAUUUGAUUCUGGACUGUAGGCGGAGUUUUGGCCAAUAUUGCUUUGCAGCUGCAUUUAACUUCUUUUAACUGAAAAUUAAACCACGGGGAAACACAGGAUUUAUGGAUGCAUCAAUCAACUUUUUAAGAUGUUCACAGUCAAAAUUAAUUGUAUGCACUUAUUUGAAUAUUGCACAUUACGAUUACUCAUGUGACGGCAGCUGCAUAAAAUGUGCACAUUUUUAAAAAUUGAGUUGGGCACAAAUUUAAGCCACAUUUUAUACAUCACACACGGCAUAAGUGCAACAGUCAGCUUUUUCUGUACCUGUGACAGCACAUCAUAUUGAGCACCACAUUUAAGCUUGGAUUAGCGGCAAUACUGUGCCAUUUGUGAACAGUAGAAAUUCUUGCUUUAUUUGUUUUUCACAAGCAUAACAAAUAAAUAUUAAAUAUUUGUGGCAUA